GAUUCCCUCCUCAGCAACUCCACUUCCUAGAUCUCAAUCACAUGGCUCCCUGUCACGGUUUGGUAGCCUUUUCACUUGCAGUUCGAGCGGUUGAGUAAACGGUGACAUCCCUCGAAAUCUGACUGGCUAAAAGGUUUCCUGACUGGAUUGGAGGGGUGUAGGAGAUACCAUCGUUAGGCAGAUACUAUUUGGGUUCGACCAUUAGGGCAUUCCGGAGCAGGCACAGCGUGGAUACGGCGUACGACUUAACAUUUUUUUUCUUAACUCUACAAUCGGGAGUAGUCCAGUUUACCGCCUCCAUUGUGAAACGCCGUUGGUUUUGUAAUUUAGUCCAAGUGCCAUUUUCAAUCAUAUCAUGGAUGAUGUUUUCAACACCCAAGAAGGACUGAACCGGUCUACGUUAUUCAGCACACACUUUAACUCUAAUUGCCGCUUCGAUGAGGAGUUUAAAUACAUUCUGCUGCCAGUGUCAUACAGCCUUGUGUUUGUGUUCGGCUUUCUGCUGAACUCCAUGGCCCUGUGGGUGUUCAUCACCAAGAUGCGCCCGUGGAACACCAACACGGUGUUCAUGUUCCACCUGUCGCUCUCCGACUUCCUGUACGUCCUGUCCCUGCCCACGCUCAUCUACUACUACGCCAACCGCAGCCACUGGCCCUUCGGCCUGUUUGCCUGCAAGAGCGUCCGCUUCCUCUUCUACGCCAACCUCUACUGCAGCAUCCUCCUGCUCACCUGCAUCAGCGUGCACCGUUACUUCGGCAUCUGCCACCCUAUCAAAGCGCUGCGGCUGGUGAAGCCGCGCCACGCCCACCUGGUGUGCGGCCUGGUGUGGCUGGCGGUGACCAUCUGCCUGGUGCCCAACUUCAUCUUCGUGACCACCUCGCGGCGCGACAACGACACUAUUUGCCACGACACCACCAGCCACGGGUUCUUCGACCAGUACGUGGACUACAGCUCGGUGGUCAUGGUGCUCCUCUUCGGCGUGCCCUUCCUGGUCAUCGUGGUGUGCUACUGCCUGAUGGCCAGGGCGCUGUGCCGGCCCAAGAAGGGGCUGUCCCAGAGCCGGCAGGGAUCCUCGUCGCGGCAGAAGUCCAUCAGGAUGAUCGUGGUGGUGCUGGCGGUGUUCGCCCUGUGCUUCGUGCCGUUCCACGUCACGCGCACGCUGUACUACGCGGCGCGCGUGCUGCACCUGGACUGCACCCUGCUGAACAUCAUCAACUUCGCCUACAAGAUCACCCGGCCGCUGGCCAGCGUCAACAGCUGCAUCGACCCCGUCCUGUACUUCCUGGCCGGCGACAAGUACCGCUCCAAGCUGUUGUCUGCCCUCACGGGGAACAGAAGGGUGAUCAGCUCCAUUCCCUCCGAGGGACACGCCGCGACCAGACGCAACAACAACAACAACAAGGCCAACCCGGCCAUCCCGCUGGCCUUGAAGGACGCUGACUCCAAACCCAGUGGAGAUGGAUAGAAUUGAACAUGUUUUUGUUUUAUAUACGUAUAUUGCGCUCAUCGCCUGGCUACGUACAUUUGAAUGGAGAAUUGAACGUUUCUAGUUCAAGCACUAGAUAUUCGAGGUACAUAUUUUGCAGGGACUGGUCCAAGCGGUACCACAAAAGAACACUGUCAUGAACACUAUUGUGUUGUGGACUGUGGUUUCAGGGCGUGACAUGGCAUUAUGCCUUUAUUGGAAGGCACCCUGCUAUAGUGGGAUAUAAUGCGCUGAGUGAGCACACAUGUUUUCAAGUGAUACCAAAAAUAUAAUUUUGUCUGUUCUGUUGUGCGAUAACAAUGUUUGUCAUGCAAUGAAAGUAAAAUACACAGUUUAUGAACCGUGACUCUGA